UCUAGCCCGAACUCCGAACCCAACUCCGGAGGUCGAAAUGGCGGCGGCGGCGGCGGCGGCGGAGAAGCCCGUGGCGGUGCGGCGCGCGGAGGAGCUGGUGGAGAGGGAGAUGGCCGGGCGCGACGCGUCCCACGACGCCGCGCACGCGCUCCGCGUUCGCGACCUCGCGCUCUCGCUCGGCGCCGAGGAGGGCCUCACCGCGCCCGCCCGCCUCCUCACCGUGGAACUGGCCGCUCUCCUGCAUGACGUUGGAGACUACAAGUACACCAAGAACAAUAUGGAGGAUAUGAGCGUCGUCGAGAUGUUUCUUGAAGAGGUAGGAUUGGAGGCAGGGCAGAAGGAUGAAAUAGUGUCAAUUAUUAAGGGGAUGGGAUUCAAAAAUGAAGUUUCAUUGAAGUCUAUCGUUGAUUCAACUCUUGAGUUUGCAAUUGUACAAGAUGCAGAUCGCCUGGAUGCAAUUGGUGCAAUUGGUAUUGCAAGAUGUUUUACAUAUGGCGGGAGCAAGAACAGCGCAUUGCAUGAUCCUAGAAUACUGCCACGUGACAACUUGUCAAAGGAAAAGUACAUGUCCAAGGAGGAGAAACAGACGUCAAUUAAUCAUUUUCAUGAGAAGCUUUUUAAAUUGAAGGACAUGAUGAAGACAGAGGCCGGCAGAAGGAGAGCAGAGAAAAGGCACAGGUUCAUGGAGGACUUUGUUACUGAAUUCUAUGAAGAGUGGAGUGGCAGGGCUUGAAGUUGAACAACCAAGAUUUGUUUCUGUGUGAGAGCGUGCAGUUGGCCAACCAUAUCUCAACAACUCAUGAUGAUGUCCAUCUAUCUGGCCUAUUUUCUGCUGGUGAAAGCCUAUGAGUUGGUGAACAAUGAUACGCCCCUGUGAUAAGCAGUCAACCUAUCUGUCUGGAGUCCGUAGAUGGCGUUGGUCUGCCAAGUACAUGGUACACCCAGAUGCCAUGGCAUCUUGCUGCUGUUGUACUGAAACUAUACUGCUAAAAUAAACCGUUUACAUCAUCUGAA